CCCAACGACACUAGGAGUCACGUGAUCGCUUUGCUACAACUUGUCGGUAAACACUAGGUUGUUGGUUCAAAUAUUCGCACUGAAAUUUACAACUAAGGCCGCGCACUUCUUAUCGGCAAAAUCGACGUUGUUCAGAGAUAUACCAGCUCGACUAUUCUGUCCAUGCAGUCAUUGAUGACAUGAUCCUGUAUAAAAUAUACAAUGGAUUUUGAAGGGAGAAUACAUGAGAUAUAUUCAGACUUUGGCCCGGGUCGACAGCAAGGAAGAUAUCAGAGAAAUCCCCCUGCUUUCCACGGGCGUGGCCACCACUCCAACAUAUAUCAGCAACGACAAUGGGCACCUUCUUACGACGACCCCGCCCACAGCAGGGAUUACUAUGAGUCACGCCGUUAUCAGCAAGGACACUUGGUACCUCCAUACAUCGGCCACGACUACCACAGGGGUUAUUUUCCGUCACACAGUUAUCAGGAGCGACCAGUCCGCACUGGCUUUCUGCGCACACCAAUAACCCAGCCCCCUAGGGACGACUAUGGCCGUUCGGGAGGGGCAGCAUGGGACGGGAGCUAUGCCAACGCUGGUUUUGGAAGAGACUCUCCCGAGAACGACCCCUUUCAUGAAAACCCUGACUAUGAUGGCUCUGACGAGAGUGACGCAGAGAGCCCCGACCAACGACAGACUGUCCACAACGUGGUCAUUUGCGAACCCGAGACGACAGAUGAACCAUCUACAAGGGCAACACGGAAAACAAAGUGGGACAUUUUUAAGGAAACAUCAAACGAAAGUGUCAGUUUUUCGGAGACACAGAAAUGGAACUUGUCCUAUAAAUUUCUACGAGUCCUGUUAUGCAGUGCCUUCUUUCUGUUAUGUUUGGGCUCAGCAACAAUGUCCAAAUUAUCUUUCCUCUUUUUAACAUUUUACAUCAAUCCGACAGAGGGGUUUUACUUGAACUAUGUUCGCAAUGGCACAACUACACGUGUUGACAUGAAGACCGUCGCCCACCACAUGGAUGCCAAGUGGAUCUGGUCUCUCAUCCUCAUCAUCUGUGCGCCAUAUUUCUUCACAGCUUUAUCAAGUGUUUGGAAAGUAAUUUUCAAAACAACCAGGCCUUUGAAAUGUGUUCCACUUUUAGUGGCCUUCUUGAUCGAGACGCUACACACCAUCGGCCUCGUCAUCCUGGUCUUCUACGUCAUACCAAGCUUCGAGCCGCUCAUGGCGGGCUUGCUGAUGCUCAACGUGGCCAUCAUUCCGGGCCUGCUGAAGAUCUUUGAGGCAACCGAUCUCAACAACGACGAAAGCAGCGAGGUGGUAAAAUACAAGGAGGAUGGGAAAGUUAGGAUAUGUAUACGGACCAUCUUCGACAUCUUCAUGGUCACGUUGCAGUGUGCUGUAGUAGUGGCGUGGUCGUACCUGGCCUACACAGUCAAAGAUUCCCUAUUGCUGGCAAUCCUCAUCCCAGUCUCACUUGUACUUGUAUCCAUCUCGUGGUGGGAUAACUAUGUCCACAAAAAGAGAAAGGGAGGUUCCACUGAAUCUAACGGCAACUGCUUGGCAAGGCUAAAAAGAUCUAUCAGGAAGAGAGGAUCCAAAAUUUACUUUCUUACCUCACUAUGGAAAAUAGUCUUGACAAUCGCCCUUCCUGCUGUGAUUUUCUCCUGGGGUAGUAACAAGUGUGUCAGAGCGUUCUUUGUUCUGGAACCAACAGCAAGAAACUGCUCGGUGUUCGAGGACAUCACCAUUGCUGACUCUGCUCAGGAAGGGGCACCAACUGUCUCAGUGCCAAGCUGCCACCCAUACCUACCCUUCAUGGUGGCUACUGUCAACAUUGUGUCGAGUAUCCUGUGUUACAAGAUCGGCAAGUCGGCCUGCAAGAUUCUGGCUCAAGUAUGGUGCUUUGCGAUUCCCCUGCUUCUGUCAGUACCAGUUACUAGUGGCAUCCUCAUCAGCACCUACAUGUUCAAUGAUGAGAUCACAAGCUUUUUAGGUUGCAAUGUUCCAUGGAUACCGGGUGUGAAGAACCACGACCUCUUUGACUUCCUGCUACAGUACACUGAAACGUACUGGCUCCCAGUCGGAAUGGCUUCCUUCAUCUCCCUGAUCUACAUCGCUGGACACAUCUUCACACCCCGCUGCCCCAGGAUGGCUAGCACAGAGAAACUGUUCCUGAAGCCCCUGUUCUGUGGAGUUCUGUUGGAGGAGUCCAUCUUGCUCAAUAGACGCAAGGACGAUGAAGACCUUCAGGAACAUGUGCUAAAAGGUGGCUGGAUCUUCUCUCAUGAGAAGGCGUCCAGGGGAGAAGUGCAGCCAGAAGAAGAGGAGGAAGCACUGUUUGAUGCAAAUAAGGCAAAGAAAAGAAUUCGCACUGACACCACACCAAUGAUAUAUAUCUGUGCAACGAUGUGGCAUGAGACGGAGAAUGAAAUGGUUCAAGUUCUCAAAUCAAUAUUCAGAUUGGACACGGACCAAAGUGCGCGCCGUACUGCCCAAGUGUACUUUGAAAUUGAAGAUCCUGAUUACUAUGAAUUUGAAGCUCAUAUCUUCUUUGACGACGCAUUCGGCCCGCACCUCCAUGAUGAGUACGAGUAUCAGGCUAACGACUUCGUGAAACAGCUUGUCCGAGUUAUCAACAUUGCUGCCAGUGCUGUACACAACACCGUGAUGCAGAUUCCGGCCCCCACCCGUAUCCCCACCCCUUACGGGGGUCGCCUGGUGUGGAAACUCCCCGGCGGAAACACGAUCACCGCCCACCUCAAGGAUAAAGUAAAGAUUAGGCACAGGAAGAGAUGGAGUCAGGUGAUGUACAUGUACUACUUCCUGGGCUACCAGCUGCUGGCGGAGCACAUCCCUCUGAAUCGUAAGAAGAUCCGCGCCGAGAACACAUUCCUGUUGGCCUUGGAUGGGGAUGUAGACUUCCAGCCAGACGCGCUGCAAGUCCUGGUGGACAGGAUGAAGAAGAGCAUCAACCUGGGGGCUGCCUGUGGCAGGAUACACCCCAUCGGCAACGGCCCAAUGGUGUGGUACCAGAAGUUUGAGUAUGCCGUCAGUCACUGGCUUCAAAAGUCAACCGAACACAUGUUGGGGUGCGUCUUGUGCAGCCCUGGAUGCUUCAGUUUAUUCCGGGGAUCUGCUCUCAUGGAUGACAACAUUAUGAGGAGAUAUACAACCCCGCCCACUGAACCCCGGCACUAUGUUCAGUAUGAUCAAGGAGAGGACCGCUGGCUGUGCACCCUCCUGCUGCAGAGGGGCUACAGAGUGGAGUACUGUGCUGCGUCUGACUCCUACACGUUUGCUCCGGAAGGCUUCUUCGAGUUCUUCAAUCAGCGGCGCCGCUGGACACCUUCCACCAUGGCCAACAUUCUGGACCUGGUGAUGGACUGGAAGAGAACAUCCCAGAACAACGAAGACAUCUCCAUCAUGUUCAUGCUGUACCAGAUGUUCCUCUUUUCCUUCUCAGUCAUCACUCCAGGGACCAUCUUCAUGCUCAUCGUGGGGGCAUUAUCCACUGCCUACCCAACUAUUCCUCUCUAUGGCUCCCUUAUCAUCAACUUGAUACCAAUCGUCAUUUUUGUGCUUCUAUGUUUCAAAACAAGCACCGACGUACAGUUGUCGUUCGCCUCCCUGGUGUCGAUUGUCUACAGUCUCCUGAUGAUGGUGGUUUUGGUGGGUAUUCUACAGCAGGUUGCACGAAGUGGAUUCUGCUCUGUGUCUACAAUCUUCUUGAUUGGAGUCGCGGGGAUCUAUGUCACGUCCGCCUUCUUGCACCCCCAGGAGUUCUGGUGCAUCAUACAUGGGGGCCUGUACUUCCUCUCAAUACCAUCAAUGUCAGUGCUGAUGAUGAUAUUCUCUCUCGGGAAUCUUCAGAACGUAUCUUGGGGAACUCGGGAGGUAAAAACUGCUGCUCCACCUCCUCAGCAACAACAGCGGCAACAGAAGCAACAACAACCCAGUACAAAUAAAAAGAAUUUGGUUCAACAGUGGCUUGGAAAGAUUGGCGAGGGGACUCCAGGGGAAUCUGAUUACGGAUUUUCCUUCGGUAACUUGUUCAGAUGUGUCUGCUGCCCUUCUAACCCAGGGGUGAAAAAUGAAGACCUCAAGUUCAAAGCCAUCCUACAGCGUUUGGAUGACCUCGACGAGCGCAUGACUGAAAUGACUCGAAGUGGUGUUGAUUCUCUCGAUUCCUUCAAUAAUCCUGCUCCUGAAGCUACACCGUUCUCUGGCAUUGUUGGUCAGUUUGAAGGAGCUGUGGACAAAGUCAAUCCAGUAUUCGAUGAGGAAAAGAAGAUGGUGAGAGAUGAGCUGAGAGACCCCUACUGGAUGGAGGAUGAAGAUAUUUUAGCAGGACCUAAGGAGCUGGUGAAUGAUGAAGAGAUACGCUUUUGGAAUGAACUCAUCGGGAAGUACCUAUUUCCGCUGGACAAAGAUGAAAAGAAUGAGAAGAAAAUGAAAGAAGACCUUUUGGAAUUGAGAAACACCGUGUGUCUCGCCUUUCUUCUCAUCAACGCCCUUUUCAUAAUCCUUCUGUUUGCCCUGGAGUCAGUGGCCGAGUACACUCCACAGCUGAAGAUAGAAAUACCUUGUAAUGAUGAUAACGUAACACCCGAGCAAAUACAGCCAAUAUCAGUUGCAUUCACUCUCGUGUUCGGGGUCAUGCUUACUAUACAGUUCAUUGCAAUGAUGUUCCACAGAUAUUCUACGUUCUUACACAUCGCUGCUAUAACUAAGAUUGAUUUGUUCAGGGGCAAGCUGGAUGUAUCCAAGGAAAGUGACAGGAAGCCCACCGUUGAGGAGACCAUCAACCUUGUCCGGGAUAUGCAGCUGAUCAGGGAUGAUGACACAUUAUCCAUAGUCAGUACCGACGAACUGCCCCCUGAUUACUCAGAUGAGGAUGAGGAGGGUUCUGGGAAGAAAGGCAGAGGAAGGGAGUUGUGGGGGCAGAUGAGAGAACGCAGAAAGGGAAUUCGAGUCCAUCAUACACUGAACAGAGCUUUUAUGAAAAACUUCAAGAAACUAGUUACAGAAAUGAAGGAAGAGCAAGAGCAUGAUUCCAAAGAGGAAGCUGAGAAGGAAGCUGGUAAAAGAUUUAAAGGCUUUGAACGUAAAUCUCUGUUUACUAUUGUCAAAAUGGCCCAAUCGAAUGAAGCCUUUAAAGAUAAGGUCAUCGAUAAGGGACAGAAAUGGCAGGCUAUUGUGAAAAAACUGAACGUUGACAAACAACUUCAUAGUAAGCAACCGAUGUCCUUUGCUGACAUUGUGAAAGCACGGCUUAGACAGAAGAGACAAGAGCAAGGGCUGGCACCUCAACCACUCGGUUCACAGGUCACGAGACGAUCUGCUUUACAUCCAGCUGACAAGGCAGAUGGAAAUGCUUCAAAUCGGGUCAGUCUUAGCGACCCUUAUGGCGAGGAAGCCAGUCCAAAUAGGCCAACAUCGUCAAGCAGCCAAGAUCCUGUAACAAGCAGCCCAAAGCCAAGGCUGAAAUCAUUUGCCAUGCGGGCACUUGCAGCUGAAAAGAAGGAUGCGUCGCCUCCUUCAUUUGAUGGCGAAUCUUCUAUCCGUCGAAUUGUUCGGCAGAGCCGACAACGAACAGUGGAGCCGGAAGCGGAAAUGACGUUACAGAUUCCAGCCGCACCAGGUGAUGAGUGGCCGGAUGAAACUCGAUAUGCUGCCCGGUCACGAGGCUCCUCGCCCCAGAGAGGAACACAUGGGGCUGACACUCUCUUUUAGACCACCGUCUUGCCGCUGACAACCAUCUGGUCUAUAGGCACUGACUCUCUAUCGGGUUUCUAACAAAGCCAAAGUAUCGCCAAUAUGCCACGGGUUUCCUGGUUAUUAUAACAUCAGAACAAAUACUUCUAGACUAGACUAGACUUCUUGAGAAAUUACGUUGGUUUUAAUAGUAUUAUAUUGAAACUGGAAAAAAGGAUUUAAAUAUUUACCUUCGUCCUAUUUGUCAAGGAUUGACUAACUCUGUGUAUGCUUUCAACACUCUAGAGCGUGUGUACUAACUGCCCUGGACUCUCUUGGGACUCCACAUCGGUCCCAUAUGUGUUCUUAUUUUAUUUCAUAAAACCUUUCGUUACAAAAUCCAAUUUUUAAAACCAAUCAGAUUGCGGUUAAGUUAGACUAUUUUUGAUUCAUACAAAAUAGCUUUGUGAUGUUCUUACAGUCAGACUGACAGACAGUUUAUUCAGUAAUUUAGGCAGAUUGGACAUUAACAUUUGUCACGUGAUGUGAAAGAUUAGAUUUUAAAACUAGUUACACAUUCCUCAUUAUAAAGACAUGUUUUAAGAAUACAGAAACAGCAUGGAUCAUAUCAUGUUUUUCAGAGUUUAGCAGAUUUAUCAUUAUCUGACGGUCUUUAAAAAUACCUUACAACAUGGGGAGAAAUUUAUACCUUAAAUGGGAAUAUGUUUCACAUAUAAGUAAGACAUGGUAUUCAUCUUCUACUUCUCCGGAUGAACAGUUUGUACAAAUAGAGCUCACAAUAUCUCCGUCUUUGGACCUGCGACAUACAUUUACAUUAAAAUUGUGGAAUGAAAUUCUAAGUUUACAAUAAGCCCUUAUUAAACUUUUAUCAUUUAAACAAGUUAAAUAUCUUUCAUUUUGUAACAAUGAUUUUACUUUGCUGUUAUUGCUAAGAUAAAGUGAUUCAGAAAUACUCUUGUGCCACUGUUGACAAAAAUAUAUCCUUAAGUCUUUGCAUCAAUGAAUAUAAAAAUAACUGUAGAUCUCCCACAUCUUGGGAAAUCCGUACAUGUGAAAAGCCACUGACAAAUACUAGAUUUCUCACUUCUGAAGCCCAAUUAUUUUUACCACUAUCAUCAAGUACCUUUAACAUUUUGUAACACUGAUAUGGAUAUCUGUCAGGCAUUAUUCUAAGUAACUUAAUCCAAUACUUAAUCACCCUUAAUUGGCUGGCUACAAAAAUAUUACUACGGCCUGUUUCACCAAGGAUUGCCUUGUUUGAGACAACCAUACCAACACCGAGAAAAUAUUUGAAAUAUGAAGUGUGAACUUUUUCAUUUGCAGCGUAAUACUUAGCACCCCAUAUAUCAGAACCAUACAAAAGUAUAGGCAUAAAUUUGCCUUCAAAAUUGUGAAAAAAGACACACAACUAUUUUUCCUGAAUACAUUAUAAAGAGGCAUAAUGGCUUUCGACGCCUGAACAGCUAACUGUUCUUACAGUGGAUGUUAUGUGUUAACAAUAACCCGUUCAUAUUAAAUGACACACCUUUAGUAUAAUGUGUUCUUCUAAGCCUGCCUUUCUUUCUAAGCCUGCCCCUCUCUCCCAUUCUCUCUCUUUCUCCCAUUCACUCUCUCUCUCUCUCUCUCUCUCUCUCUCUCUCUCUCUCUCUCUCUCUCUCUCUCACUCUCUCUCUCUGGGUGUUCGGGUGUUCCAAAGUAUUAUAUUUUUAAGCAGAUCUUCAAACUCCUGUAGUAUUAUUAAACUACACGUGUAUAUCCUUGCUCAUGUACUGAACUGUGAUCUCAUAUGUAUUUGAUUAUCUGGUAUAAUGGAGCUCUUCUUCACUUUCAUUCAACAUAUCACUGUUUGUAAAGCAGAUCCAAGGGAGAUGUAUACAGCAGGAACUAAAACCUGUACAUAAUGACAAAAUGGCCCAUCAAUCUCUUUCUCAGUAUGAAAGUCAUUUCUAGUUUUCUUGUACAUUGUAGUGGAAUUGUUUUAUUACGCUGUAAUUACUUGUAUUCACUCCCUUAUUUUAUUCAAUAAAAUAUAUCAAACUAA